UCUUUUGAUGAAUUUGUUAUAUUUAAGGGUCCAUAAAACAAAUAUGACAUAAAGUCCCAACUAAUUUUGCAUCUCAGUAAAGUUUGAAGAAUAUAUAAGCUCUAACUAAUUUUCAGUAACUUAAUACGAGAAUCGCAGCAGAUAUACCCUGCAAGCGACAGAAACACACCGACCGACACAGUGUUGAUGGAAUAAAUUUAUGAUCUUUGGACUGUUAGGGUCAAAGUAGUGUUCGCGUGCAUCACAUUUUGUGGCACCACCCAGGAAAUUGGUUUCGAGUAUAAAUAAAGGCAACCAAUCUCCCCAAUAUGCUCACCCAGCUGCUAUCUAUCUGUUUAAUUUGUCUUUAGCUCAAUUCUUUGCCAAACAAUGGCAUACAUUCGAAGUGAUACGAUCGAAGAGCGUCCUAAUGAGAAUAGGCAGGUUACCAAGAACAAGUUGUUCAGAAUGGCAAUGGAAGGCAAAUGGGAAGAAGUUGCCAAGCUGUUUGAACGAGACGAAUGGACUCAAACGGCCAAAAUCACCAAUUCAGGAGACACUGCAUUACACAUAGCUAUCUCCGUUGGCAAAGAAGAUAACGUCAGACAACUUACAGAAUCAAUUUGGGAACCAUCCCGACUCAGACAGGUUCUUGAGAUUCAGAACGACCGAGGGAAUACCCCACUCCAUUCUGCUGCAUCAAUGGGGAAUGUUGCCAUGUGUCAAUACAUUGCAACAGUUUAUCCAGAAUUGGUGGGUGCUACUAAUAAUAACGGGGAUACCCCUUUUGUAAUGGCAGCACUGCAUGGUGAAAAAGCAGCUUUCUUUUGUCUUCACUUUAUCUGUCUCGAUAAGAACAUGAAUGGCUAUGGGUUUUCCAGGAGGAAGAAUGGUGACACCAUCCUUCAUUGUGCCAUUGCUGGGGACUACUUCGAUUUGGCAUUUCAAAUAAUUCAAUUGUAUCCGCUACUGGCACGCUGUGUAAAUCAAGAAGGAGUCACUCCUCUCCAUCUACUAGCGAGCAAGCCUUCAGCUUUUAGAAGCAGUAGCCACCUUGAAGGAUACUACAAAAUCAUUUAUCACUGCAUAUUGGUUGAUCAGCUCGAGGUGGAAGCAUCCGGCAAGCAGCCAGAGAGAACCGAUAGUCCCGGGGAUAAAAAGAAUCUGAAUCCAGAGACGUACAGAGCAUGCAAAGACUUGUUCCAAUUGUUUUGGAGAAUGGUUCUCGGUGUGACAGGGAAUAACAGCAAUGGAGAGGAAACAAAGACAAAAACUGAAAGUAAAGGUAGAGAGAAAACAGAUGCAGAGAACCCUCGGCCAAAGGCAGGACGUCCAGGGGUUGAACAAAACUUCUGGCCGGAACCAUCUGAUGACCAGCCAACGGGAAUAGAUAGUGGCGGGAACAAAAAGACUCCGGCUUAUCCAGAGAACUACAGAACCUGCAACGACUUCUUCAAAUUGUUGUGGAAAAUGGUUCUAGUUGUCACAGGCAUAAAUAGUGCAAAAUCAGAUGCAGAGAACAAUAAAGUACGGAAGGCAAGACAUGGAACUGAUGAGUUAUUUCCAGCUAAUUAUCGCACCUGCAUUGAAUUUGUCAAGCUUGCGAACAAGGCAUUGCUCAUGUUUCUUGGAUUAGGACUCACCGCAAUAACAAAUAUAGAGAGCAACAAACAGAAGCACACAUGGGCCGUUCAAAUCUUGAACGAACUUCUAGGACUUCAUUCCACAUAUGAAGAUGCUUCCCCAUAUGGCGGAGAUCAUGCGCCCGAGUCUACACAAUCCCGAACAAACGAAUUAGAAGAAACAAUGCCUUACGAUCUUGAUCCUGAUCAACUGAUCAGUAGUGAAACUCCGCCCACUGAUUCUACGAAAACUGCGGGAAGUGAUGCCCAAAAACUUGUGUUAUUGGCAGGGAUGGAGGAAACCCUUAAAACGGCGAAGACGAUCUUAUUAAUUGAUUCUAAAUGGAGCAUCAAUGAUAUUACGAAGAAAGUACAAGAACUUUUUCCGAUUUCCGUUCAAGAUAGGAAUGCUGAGAGCAAGAAUUUAAUGAUGCUUGUAGAUCAGGAUAAACCUCCUGAAAUGCCAAAGAAAUUAGAGACUCCAAUAUUACUUGCAGCCAAGAAUGGUAUCACUGAAAUUGUGGAAAGAAUCCUAGAACUCUGUCCAAUUGCCAUUAAUGACGUGAAUGCAGAUAAUAAGAAUAUAGUAUUGUUGGCGGUGGAGCACAGGCAACCAAAGGUAUAUGAACUCUUGCGACGACUAAAUAUCUCGAAAGUGAGUAUGUUUAGACAACUGGAUACGGAAGAGAAUAGUGCCCUGCAUCUUGCGGCAAAGCUUGGAGACAAACAGCCAUGGCGAAUUCCCGGGGCAGCAUUGCAAAUGCAAUGGGAAAACAAGUGGUAUGAGUAUGUCAGGGAUUCCAUGCCCCACAACUUUUUCCCCCGCUACAACAAGGAAGGAAAGACCCCAAGCGACUUGUUCACUGAAACCCACAGAGGCCUUGUAGAGGAUGGUAGCAAGUGGCUAACAAACACUUCUCAAUCCUGCUCCGUCGUAUCUGCACUCAUUGCUACAGUGGCCUUUACCACCUCCACAACGGUCCCCGGAGGCUUCGAGACUAAUGGCAUUCCUGCGCUCGAAAACAAGCCUGGUUUUGACCUCUUCGCCGUCUCUUCACUCGUUGCUCUCUGCUUCUCUAUCACGGCCCUAGUCAUGUUCCUCGCCAUCUUAACAUCACGAUACCAAGAGACAGAUUUUGGCAGGAAUUUACCUAGGAAACUCUUGCUGGGUUUAACUUCUUUGUUCGUGUCCAUAGCCGCGAUGUUAAUUUCAUUUUGUGGUGGCCAUUUCUUUGUGCUGAAGGAGGAGCUAAAGUUAGCGGCGGUUCCAGUGUAUGCAGUGACAUGCCUACCCGUAACGUUUUUUGCUAUGGCGCAGCUUCCUCUUUAUAUUGAUCUUUUACGGGCUACCUUAUCGGAGGUGCCACAACGCAGCCACAAGGUGGAUCCCUGACAUUUUUAAUUCCAUUUGUGUGCAAAUGCUACAUCUUUACUUCCCAGGGCAGAACCAGAAACUGUUUAGAGGUCAAUUUUUCUAUUGUGUGAUGAAUAGCUAAUGGUUUCACCUUCUACGUACAGAAGUUGUCAAAGUAAUAUAAAGAUAAAUCUCAAGAUUAAAUUCACAACAA